UUGAAUUGUAGGUGAUUAUGACGUCACACAAGUAUAUAUCGUAGCAAGCUGUUAAAGUUGUUUAAAUUAUUUUGUUGCAAAAACAAGGUUUAGUUGAUUGUGUAGUAAAUAUGAGCAUUGCAAGCUGAGGGAAACACAAUGGAGUUUUGGGCGAAUGUUUGUUGUUUGUUUAUUUUAUUUAAAGUUGCUUCAUCUAUGACAUCACAAUGUUACAAUGAACCCUCUGAUGUCAUAAUCACCCGAGAACAGCCAUUGUUACUUCAUUGUUUACAACCGGAUUCAUGUAGUGACAUCACAAGUGCGGAUGUGACAUCACAAACAGUUACCUGGAUGAAAGAUGGUGAUGUCAUCCCGUUCAACAAUAUCUUCGGACGACGGUCGUUGCUUGGCAACGGAAGUUUGUUGGUCCGAGAACCGGUGAACCGCGUCGGGGCUUCUGACUCGGGGUUUUAUUCCUGCCACGUAAAACAUGACUCAGUGAUAUUUCAAAGCCGAGUCGCCCAUGUUGUUGUAGGGGUUCUUGGUUCGUUCACGAAACAACCAAAGUCAGUUUCUUGCACAGCGGGGGCAACCGUUCGUCUCGCAUGCAAACCUUCGAAUGCCGAGCCCAAGCCAGUUAUAUCUUGGUUUCGGAAUAAUUCGUUUAUUGGCAACAACAGCAUUAUGACAUCACAAGCAAACAAUACGAUAGUUUUACCCAAUGAUGAGCUUGAGGUUUGCGCAACUAUGGACGACGUUGGAGAAUAUUAUUGCGUUGCUUCUAAUAUUGCGAGGGUUAGAAAGAGUUCGAAAGUUAGGUUAACUUUAUAUAAAGAUGACACGCAAGCAAACAUAUCACCAAUAUUUGUUCGUAAACCAAAGAAUCGUUCGGUUAUUAUGGGCUCGCGGGUGUACAUGGAUUGCCUCGGUGAAGGAGAACCUAAUCCUGUAAUGACGUGGUAUAAGGACGAGAUAAAACUUGAUUUCAAGUCACAAUCGAACAUCGUUCGUGUUGGCAUUGGUGGGUUACUGAUAAGAAACGCAUCAUCCCUGCACAGUGGAAGCUACACGUGUGUUGCAACUAAUAUAAAUGGAAGAUCCAAUACCACAGCUAUGUUGGUGGUAUCAGACACAUACAUUAUAUCAACGACGACAAUCACUGCGUUUCCCGACCAAGUGAUAUCAACACCAUGCAAUCGUACACCUUCCACCAGCCACCAUGUAACUUCAUUGGUGAACGGUUUAACUUUACAAAGCACCUCUUCCAUUGAAAACCAGAUAUCCUCACUCGCGACGCACAACACUUUACAAUGUUACGCAAACUUUGACGGAAGUUUUCAACAAAGGAGGAUCCAACUUGAUAUUUUAAACAAAGACACAAUAUACAAGAAAUUAUUAGAAACUCGUCUAAACGCGACGCAACAAUCCAACGAUCUUCAGAUUCAUGAAGCAGAGCUCGGAGCCUUCAAUAUCACAUGGAAUCACACCAAUGAUGAAACGAAAUUCAAAGUUUUUGUUUUUGACGCCAAACUUUUAACGUUGCGGAGUAUUGGCACUUCGGACACAUGGGCGACGUUUGAUGCUGAUCCUAACCAUCUUAUUAUAGUAUGUGUAUUCACAUACACCCAUGUUGGGGUUGGGGAAUAUAACAUGACAACCUCAUUCAUUGCACCAAUCAGUGUGCACACAAACAUUACAUUCGAUGAUUGCAGUUCAUGUGAAAUAUCGGGUCUCUCGACGAUGGCGACCACCACCAGCAUCACAACCACAUGGAACCCGUGUUCGACGCGACAUAAACUUUGUCCGUUCCAACUUAUAUUCAUUCAACCAACACGGAAGACUUACACUACACGCAACACCACAAUCACAACGAGGGGUUUGAACAAGUUCACUGAGCAUACGUUGAAGGUUUGUGUGGUUGGUGGGAGGUGUUCGCAACAAAUACAAACAACAACGAUACAAAGUGUUCCGGACCUUCCCCCACCUAAUAUCACAGUAGUUGCGGAAACAAGUAGCUCAGCCAUGAUACGAUGGUCCCAACUUCCACAAAACCACAUUAAUGGAAUACUCAGUGGAUACAAGAUAAGGAUUCGUAACAAAGUUAAUCACGAGACGGCGUUUCAUGAAAUCCCGGCAACCGAGGUUCAGUUCCUCGUCACAGGUUUAUUGCGCAAUACUGAGUACUUGAUGCAAAUGCAGGCGUUCACUGGGGCUGGGGGGGGACCGCCGUCGCAGAAAUAUUCGUUUCGUACCCCUAAGCGAGAUCGGCCAGAAUCCACACCUCCGGGAAAACCCCUCUCGUUAUCGGCGCAACGAUCGUCAACGGCGAUAACUGUACAAUGGCGACCCCCUGUGGAGAAUAUGUUUGUUCGAUAUUACGUGAUUGAUUGGGGAAAGCGGGCUCCUCACGAGGCGUCGAGGACCGUCGAUAACAAACAUCGAUAUUAUAAAAUAUCUAAUCUGGAAUCCUCGACACAAUACUUCAUAAGCGUACGUGCCGGUAACAACGUCGGACUCGGGUCAAAAAGUUUGAUUAAAGUUCGAACAAAAAGCGCGGAAGCCGAUAUAGAAGACCUCUACCCCCCUCUAGCGUUGAACAUUGACGUGCUUACACCGACCACUAUGAACGUAUCAUGGCUCGAUUCACAAGCCACCGGGAAAGUGUCACAUUAUUAUAUUAUUAAAUACAAGACCCACGUACCAUCUGAACCUCGCGUGAGGUUCCUUAACUCAACGACCCUGUAUUGCGUCAUCCAUGCGUUACGACCGUACACCAUGUAUGAAGUCACUGUAAGGACAGUCAGUGGAAGACGUAGAUCGAGCUGGUCGAUGACCGAGUCCGCUAUCACCAAGCAAAGCAAACCAACCACCCCACCCACUGACCUCACAGUUAUGGAUCUCAAUGAAUUAACAUCCGUGCAACUGAACUGGCAACCCCCCGACCAACCUAACGGAGAAUUGAAUGGUUACCUCGUGUUUUACACCACCGACCCCCGCCAUGAUAUCGCUAACUGGGUGAUUGAGCCCGUGGUUGGGGACAAACUAUCAACAGUGAUCAAGGGGCUAACGUUGGACACCCAAUAUUACAUCAAAGUUCUCGCCAGGAAUACCAUCGGCGUCGGGCCUUAUUCAGAGAUCAUUGAAUAUAAAACUAAGUCAACGCCUCAUGAUGUCAAAGAAUCAACAUGGGUGAUGCCAACGUGGAUGUUGUAUGUUAUAAUAGGAGGUGUAGCUUUGCUUGUCAUCAGCGUCGUUGCCAUUGCCACGCUCGUUGUCUGCAGGAACCGGAAUGUAGACCGAACAAAGUAUAAAAAUCGGAAAACGAAUGGAGUACGGCCCCCUAGUGGUCGUAACGACGGGGAUGGAUGGUCGCGCAACGGAAGUAAUAUUAUGACAUCAGCACCAUUGUUACAUCAUGAUGACAUCAUAGAGUUACAAUCGUUACGAGCGGGACAAUGUAAAUGCGAUCAUGCGCGAACACCAUCGGAGAUUAUUUCAAUUAACAAUGGAAUCAAUUGUAAUCAUGUGAUAAGAGACAAUGGUCGAAACAAUUCACAUUAUAUGUACAAUGGUAGAGGAACACCCAAGUUUGCACGAACCGUAUCACCGUCAUAUCAAGAUUGCACGGGCGACAGCGCGUACAGCAGCGAUCCCCCAAUCAUACAUUACAACAAUGACGUACGGGAUCAUUCAUCGUCGAAACUAAGUAAAUAUAAAACAGGUGAUUGUGAUGUCAGAAGGGGAAUUCCCCAAACCGAGUAUUCUUGUCGGAACAGUUUAACCAACUCGAUGAUAAGCGACGAAACAAACAGUGAUCUCGCCGACGUUGAAGAUUUUGUUCGCGGAAUGAAAACUUCGUGCUCCAGUGACCUCACGUGAAAUAUUAUGACAUCAUAAUCAUACUGCCUGUUACAUUGCCGGGGUGAAACAUCGGGAGUUAUUUGAAUUUAAAUCAUCGAAGAACGCCGAAUUUCAUUAAUUUUUAAUUUGUUGUUUUUAUCGUAAUUAAAUCUUUUUGUAGAUUUUGUGGUGUGUGUCCGUCCCUUUCGUUGUUUUUUUAUGAUUUCUAUGAAUUUGUGCAGUUUUUUGGUUGAAUGCUGCCACCUAGUGCUGCGGAUUGCCUUUACGUAAAUCGUGAAUUUUAUAAAAAAAUGAAAACAAAA